AUGCCUCAGAGAAUUCCCACAGGAAAGGAAUCCCAUGAAUGCUGUGAUUGUAGGAGAGUCCUUCCUAGUAAGUUAAAGCUAAUUACUCAUCAGCAAACUCACACAGGGGAGAGACCAUUUGGAUGCAAUCAAUGUCCAAAGGUCUUCAUUACAAAGUCAGCUCUCGUCUAUCAUCAGAAAACUCAUCAUAGAGAAGGGAAAUCCUAUGGAUGCAGUAAAUGUGGGAAAGCUUUUCCUUGGAAGUCAAAACUCAUUUUACACCAGAGAAGUCAUUCAGGAGAGAGACCUUUCAGAUGCAGAGUAUGCGAUAAAGCCUUCAUGGUUAGGACACAUCUCACUGUACAUCAGAGAACUCACACAGGAGAAAAGCCUUAUGAAUGCUCAGACUGUGCGAGAGCCUUCUCAAAAAAGGCUCAGCUCAUGAUUCAUCAGCGAAUUCACACAGGAGAGAGACCAUAUGGAUGCAGUGAAUGUCAACAAGCUUUCAUCCAGAAGUCAGAUCUCACUAAUCAUAAGAAAACUCAUCAUGCAGUGGGGAAAUCCCAUGAAUGCAGUGAAUGUGGGAAGGUUUUGUCCUCUAAGUCAACUCUCGUUAUACAUCAGAGAACCCAUACAGGUGAGAAACCUUUCAAAUGCGAUAUAUGUGAUAAAGCCUUCACGUCAAAGGCACAUCUCAUCGCACAUCAGAGAAUUCACACAGGAGAGAAACCAUAUGAAUGCUCGAAUUGUGAGAAAGCCUUCUCCACCAAAGCACAUCUCAUGAUUCAUUGGCGAAUCCACACAGGAGAGAGACCUUAUGGAUGCAGUGAAUGUCAACAAGCUUUCAUCCAGAAGUCAGGUCUCACUAACCAUCUGCAAAGUUGUCAUGCAAGAGUGAAAUCUCAUGGAUGCAGUGAAUGUGGGAAGGUUUUGUCCUGUAAGUCAACUCUCAUUAUACAUCAGAGAACCCAUACAGGUGAGAAACCUUUCAAAUGUAGUGUAUGUGAUAAAGCCUUCACAGCCAAAUCCUAUCUCACUGUACAUCAAAGAAUUCAUACAGGAGAGAAACCAUAUAAAUGCAAUGAUUGUAAGAAAGCAUUUGCUACUUUGUCAACUCUCAUUGGUCACCGGAGAACUCACACAGGAGAGAGGCCCUAUGGAUGCAAUGAGUGUCAAAAAGCCUUCUUUCGGAAGUCAGCUCUCAUUAAUCAUCAGCAAACUCAGCAUAGAAGAAAAUCUUCUCAUACAGAAUAG